CAGCACUCCGCCACCACGUGGUCAAACCCAGAACAACAACACUGACUCCCAGCAUGCUUUGCCGUGCCUGCCGACCCCGACAGCUACCGAUGCUAGGCUAGCUGUCGAUAGCUAACCGUGGAGCGGACAUGUUGUACCGAGCCUUUCCUUGAAUAAACAUCGCUGUUAGCGGGGAACCGGGAGUUAACGGGGACGGCUCGGAGCAGUGGGGCAAUCAUGGAUGCCGUUAACGCCUUUAACCACGAGUUAUUCUCAUUGAUGGACUCCAAGCCCCCGAUCUCUCGGGCAAAGAUGAUCUCCAUCACCAAAUCAGCCAUCAAAGCUAUGAAACUCUACAAACAUGUGGUCCAGAUUGUGGAAAAGUUUAUCAAAAAGUGUAAGCCUGAGUACAAGAUAGCGGGCCUGUAUGUGGUGGAUUCCAUUGUGAGGCAGUCCAGACACCAGUUUGGAUCAGACAAGGACGUGUUUGGCCCAAGGUUCACCAAAAACAUUACAGGAACCUUUGAGAACCUCUGCCUUUGCCCGGUAGAGGACAGGAGUAAGAUCGUGCGUGUGUUGAACCUGUGGCAGAAGAAUGGGGUGUUCAAAAUUGAGGUUAUUCAGCCACUCCUGGACAUGGCGGCUGGCUCUAGCAGUGCUGCUGCAUUCUACACAGGCUCAGAUGACCCAGGUUCUUCCCCACCUCCAGCCAAAGAGCCAGUUACUGCGGUAACGGCAAACUCCACCACGACAUCUAGUGCUCCGCUGCAAAACUCUGAUGCCUUUGCUGCUGUGGCACAGCUCUUCCAGUCCACACAGGGUCAGCAGCUUCAACAGAUGCUCCAGACCUUUCAGCAGCAGCCAGCAAAGCCUGAGAGCAACAUUCAGCCUCCUGUCCAUACCAGUCAAACACAGGCCCAAAAUGUCACCUCUGGCCUGGGCAUGGUCGCCCCGCAACCGCCACUGCCCACCCAAGACUCCCAGCAGAAGACAGCCUUUGACAAGAAAUUGCUGGACCGUUUCGACUAUGAUGACGAACCAGAAGUUGGAGAAGAAACAAAAAAGGAUGAAAUGUCGUCACAUGCCUCCUUUAUGCAGCAGCCUCCAGUCUUCCCACAGCACUUUAAACCGCCGAUGAUGAACAUGUUGCAAGACCUCUCACAACAGGUUCCUCUCCCUCCUAAUGGCCAGCUCCAGGCCUACGGUUUACCGCCAGGACAAAGCUUCCCAGUUAUGAUGCCUCCUAUGGGGCAUGCUUUGCCAGGGCAACCCCCCCCUGGUUCUACCGGGCCUCCAGGCUUCCCAGGGCUAUUCCCUCCCCACAAUGCUGCCCAGCAACAACAGGAUUUGUUAAUGGAUAUGGACCGUUCAUCUAUGAGGGAUGGCAGACUUGGUCAACGGUCAAACUCAGGCUCCAGGUCUCCAAAGCGUAAGAGGUCGCGGUCUAAUUCCCGUUCACGACGUUCUAGGCACAGACGCUCGCGCUCGCGCUCCAGAGAGCGGCGUCACCAUUCCCCACGCCCUCGCUCUCUGGAGCGCAAGGAGAGGGAGAAGGAGAGAGAGCGACGGCAGAAAGGCCUCCCGCCACCCAAGAACGAGACACUAAGCAUUUGCAGUACAACUCUGUGGGUGGGCCAGUUGGACAAGCGAACACAACAGCAAGAUGUUGCCUGUUUACUGGAGGAGUUCGGGGAGAUAGACUCCAUCAAUAUGAUCCCUCCCCGUGGCUGUGCCUAUAUUGUCAUGAUACAUCGGCAAGAUGCCUUCAAGGCUCUGCAGAAGCUCAGUAGAGGAUCUCACAAAGUGAACCAGAAAGCCAUCAAGAUUGCUUGGGCUUUGAACAAGGGCAUAAAGCCUGACUUUAAACAGUACUGGGACGUGGAGCUGGGUGUCACGUACAUACCUUGGUCUAAAAUCAGAGAGGCUCAGGUGGAGGAGCUGAAAGAAGGAGGAGUACUGGAUGUAGACACCUUAUCACCAGAGUGGAGUGGAGUGAGGAAGACUCUUGGCAUCCUGGAGGAACUCACCCACAACGGCCGUUCGGAGCCACAGCAGCCUGAGGAAACACAAGGGUUACCUGUGGCUGGCGGAGCUGCUCUUCCUGCACAGGUUCCUCCAAUGCAGCAGCCAAUGGUUGGCGUGGGUUCUCUCCAGCCUCCUGUUUUUCCUGGUCCCAUAGGCAUGCCUCCGCCUUCCUUCCCCCCAGGCGUCCCCCCUCCUCCUUUCAUCAGACCUGGCUUCAACCCCAUGCAGAUGCCUCCAGGUUUUCCUCCCCCGGGUGCCAUGCCUCUUGGUCCCCCACAUCCCUCCAAAGGUGGAGUUGAAGACCCGCCUCUGGACCCAGCGGGUCUGGGCAACAGGAAUAAUGACGAGGUUCCAGAGGGUCCCAACAUCUUCAACAACCAGAUGGGACCUAUGGGUAACCAGUUAGGUGGACCUCCAGGUGCUCCUUCUGGUCUGCUUGGUGCACGGCCCGGUAUAAUCCCACUCCAGCGUCCUCCGGUUCCCCCGCCUCCACACAUGCAGCGUUUCCCUCCACCCCACGGGCCACGACCUCCUCACCCCAGCAUGCCACCUAUUCUGCCACAGAUGAUGCCCAGGGGGCCACACCCUCAAAUGAUGCACCAUGACCCCCCUGCACCUAAAGGCGGCUUCGGGAUGCUCCCUCCCCACAAUAUAAGGGCUCCUUUCCCUCCACAUGGGCAUGGCCCUCCUCCUCAAGGUCCUCCUCCUCCUUUUAUCAGACCUGGGGGACCUCGAGGCUUGGAGGGGCCGGAAGAAAUGGAGGGCAGACCAUUCAGGGGAGACCGGCCUGGAUUCAGGGACAGAGAGCCAGAGAGGGACAGGGACUGGGAUCGAGACAGGGAUAGAGAGAGGGACAGAGGUUUUGGAGGUGGAAGGCGUCCAUUUGGUGAUGGAGGGAGGGGAGGAGGAGGUGGUGGUGGUGGUGGUGGUGAUAGAAUGGAUGGGAGGGAUCGACUCGGAGGCUGGCAGGAAGACGGAGGAGAUCGCCGGGGAGGAGGAUGGGAGAGAGACAGAGAUCGGGAUAGAGACCGCGAUCGAGACAGAGAAAGAGACAGACGGGACUGGAGGGAGAGGCGAAACAGCCUGGACAGGGAGCGAGGGAGGGGUGAUGAUGGGGAGAGGGAGCGAGGGAGAGGAGAGGGAGGAGAAAGAGGAAAGGUAGAAGAAAGAGGAAAGGUAGAAGGUGGGAGUCGAGGAAAAGGGAGAGAAGCUGAAGGAAAAGAAGGCGAUAGGCCAAGGCGGUCGGAACGGCGAGAGAGGGCCACGCGGUGGGACAAGGACGACCGAUUGGCCGAACUGGAAAGCAUGGACAGAUUUCGGACCUCUAACAGUACAGAGAAACCUCCUGUGACUCCCGUGGAUACCAUGGAAACCAGUAAAGAACCAAGCGUGGAAGCUUCUGAAAAGAAGGCCGAAUCUAAAGAAUCUAAACUUUUAGCUCCGUCCCCAGAGGUACCUACUGCUGCAGGAGAGCCGACGCCCUCUGUGCCCUCAACUUCAGCUCAAAGUGAGCCCACAGAAACAAAACAGGAAGCAGAAUCAUAGACUGGCCCACUGACCUUCAGCCAGAGACUGCUGUGAACCACUGAAAGAUAAAAAAAAAAAAAUGUUUUUCAAUAAGAUAGUCAGCCUCAACUCCUGGCAUAGGAUUUCAAGCUCGUCACAGUUUGUCAGUUGGUAAUUGACAGUUUCUGGGCAGUAACACACGUCUUGAAAACAAACAUCUCCCACACGUGUUGUCAAACGUAUGUAAAAUGGUUGUUUUCAGACUUCACGGCAAAUUUGGCUUUGCAUCUGUUUCUCGCAAACACAUGACCACAUGAAAAUCCGUUUGGUAAAAUUGCUGUAGUGAAAUAUUGGCUGUCAACUGUUUUUUCCUGUAAGUUGUAAGAAUGAACAGAGUGCUUGCAUGUUAACACGGCUCUGUCUUUUAGAUUAAUUUGAGCUCAGCUUUUAUGUUUUUACUCAAGUUGGUUUGCAGACGGAGGAAACAAAUUACUUCUACGACACAAAUUUAUUUGAACUUCAUUGCCUUAUCUGUGUGAUAGCAGGCACUCCUCAACAAGGUGAAUAUGUUCAUUUUUAAACUUUUUUUUUUCUGCCAAAAUGUCAUGUCAAACACUGAAUAUCUUCUCAAACGACUAUUUUUUUAAUACAGGCACCAUUUAUUUUUCA